GAGGCCGGGAGAGAGUAGGGCCAGGAGAAAGGGGUUGCUUUCCACAGAUGCGUCGCUUCUUUUUAGCCACGCGACUGCUCCGGGGGCCUGGGAGGGGUGGCCAGCCUUGUUACAAGAAAGCGAAAUUAUUGUGAAAGUCAGCCUUUUUCUCUGGAAGAAGCGUUGCGGGCAGGGGCUCGCCUCGCGCUCUGCCACUUUGGCGGGAAAAUAACUUCCCAGGCGUCUGAGACUUCCACCAGCCUUUAAAACCGAAAUCCGCGAGGGGGGAUCGGGAGAGAGGUGGGACUAAGGGGCUCCUCGCCCUCUUCUCUCCCCCGGCUGCUUUCUCCGGUGACGUUGCGGUCUCCUCCCUCUGGCGGAGUUCAGGCGCCUGCGAACGCCGUCCUGGGAUCGGCGCGGCCCGACCUUCUCCCAUCCGUCCCGCCACCUAGCCGGUCGAGCAUCCGUCGCGGAGCGGCCGCGACUUCGCCCGCAGAGCAGAAGCUGCCCGCACAAAGGUAGCGGCGGCUUCCUUCACUCCGGUGGCUCAGCCGCCUGCCGCCGUGGAGCGAGAAAGGCUGCGCAACAACAGGCUGAGAGAGAGGCUCCUUCAAAAAUGAUUUGGCUGCCUUCAAGACCUGGAGCUCUAAUGCCACAAUGAGGACUCACACACGGGGAGCUCCCAGUGUGUUUUUCAUACAUGUGGUUUGCUUCGCACUAAUCUGCAGCACUGACAACAACCCAAGCACUGCUGUUCCAUUUGUCAAUGCCAAUUACGACAACUACCCUAUGCUCUACUUCUCUAGACGAGAGAUACAAGAUCUCCGUUAUAAGGCAGCCAGUACGCAUCAACACAUUGCAGCUCGGUUGGUUGAAGCUGUGCAGAUCAUGCUGUCAAACUCUUUGGAGUAUCUUCCUCCCUGGGACCCCAAAGACUUCAGUGCUCGGUGGAAUGAAAUCUAUGGCAACAAUUUGGGUGCCCUGGCAAUGUUCUGCAUACUUUAUCCAGACAACAUGGAAGCCAUUGAUAUGGCCAAAGACUACAUGGAAAGAAUGGCGGCUCAGCCUAGUUGGUUAGUGAAGGAUGCUCCAUGGGAUGAGGUUCCCCUUGCUCACUCUUUGGUUGGAUUUGCCACUGCUUAUGACUUUUUAUAUAACUACCUUAGCAAGUCCCAGCAGGAAAAAUUUCUGGAAGUAAUUGCCAAUGCCUCAGGAUAUAUGUAUGAAGCAUCAUAUAGGCGUGGAUGGGGUUUCCAGUAUCUACAUAACCAUCAGCCUACCAACUGUUUGGCCUUGCUGCUAGGAAGCCUGGUUCUAAUGAAUCAAGGUUAUCUUCAGGAAGCCUAUCUUUGGACUAAACAAGUCCUAACAAUCAUGGAGAAAUCUAUAGUUCUACUGCAAGAAGUGACAGAUGGCUCCCUGUACGAAGGAGUAGCUUAUGGCAGCUAUACCACCAGAUCUCUUUUCCAGUACAUAUUCCUUGUCCAAAGGCAUUUUGACAUUAACCACUUUAAACAUCCCUGGCUUAAGCAACAUUUUGCUUUUAUGUAUAGAACAGUUCUUCCAGGAUUCCAAAGAACUGUUGCUAUUGCAGAUUCUAACUACAAUUGGUUUUAUGGUCCAGAAAGCCAGUUGGUUUUCCUAGAUAAAUUUGUUAUGCGCAAUGGCAGUGGAAACUGGUUGGCUGAUCAGAUUCGAAGGAACAGAAUACUUGAAGGCCCAGGGACACCUUCCAAAGGACAGCGUUGGUGCACACUUCAUACAGAGUUUCUCUGGUAUGAUUCAAGCCUGGGAUUUGUCCCUCCACCAGAUUAUGGUAUUCCCAAACUUCAUUAUUUCGAAGACUGGGGAGUUGUAACCUAUGGAAGUGCUCUGCCGGCCAAAAUCAACAGCCCCUUCCUCUCCUUCAAAUCAGGAAAGCUGGGAGGACGUGCAAUCUAUGAUAUUGUUCACCAGAACAAGUACAAAGAAUGGAUCAAAGGUUGGAGGAACUUCAAUGCUGGGCAUGAGCACCCAGAUCAGAACUCGUUUACAUUUGCCCCCAAUGGUGUACCUUUCAUAACAGAAGCUCUGUAUGGACCAAAGUACACAUUUUUAAAUAAUGUGCUUAUGUUUUCUCCAGCUGUAUCGAAGAGCUGUUUUUAUCCAUGGGAAGGGCAAGUUACUGAAGACUGCUCAUCAAAGUGGUUGAAAUAUAAACAUGAUCUGGCUGCAGAUUGCCAAGGGAGAGUAAUUGCUGCUGUAGAAAAAAAUGAGAUCAUCUUUAUCAGAGGAGAAGGAGUGGGUGCAUACCACCCUAAACUAAAGUUGAAAAGUGUACAAAGAAACCUAUUACUUCUUCAUCCCCAGCUUCUCUUGCUAGUGGACCAAAUCUAUCUUCAAGAUGAUAGUCCUGCCAAAAUAGCAACUAGCUUCUUCCACAACGUUGAUGUGCCAUUUGAAGACACUGUUAUUGAUAAUGUCCAUGGAGCCUUCAUUCAGCAACAAGACGGGAUCUACAAGAUGUACUGGAUGGAUGAUACUGGAUAUAGUCAAAAAGCUAUCAUUGCCUCAAGAAUGUAUCCCAGAGGCUACCCUUACAAUGGGACAAACUACGUGAAUGUUACUACUCAUCUGCGUAGCCCAAUCACUAGAGUUGUAUACCUCUUCAUUGGACCUUCCAUAGAUGUCCAGAGUUUCAGUGUCCAUGGGAAUUCUCAGCAGCUGGAUAUUUUUGUAACCACCAGUGAGCAUGCUUAUGCCAUCUAUCUGUGGACCGAUGAGAAUAAAAGCCACUCUAUCUUUGCACAAGUUAUUGCAGACCAUCAAAAAGUUGUGUUUGAGCGAGCUUCUGCAAUUAGGAACUCCCCAGUUACAGGAGUAAAAGACAAUAUCGAGAUAGUAGAGAAAAACCUUCAGCAUUUCAAGCCUGUGUUCCAGCAGUUAGAGAAGCAGAUCCUUUCACGUGUGCGGAACACUGCUAGCUUCAGAAAGACAGCUGAACGCCUACUCCGGUUUUCAGAUAAGAGACAGACAGAAGAAGUCAUUGACAGGAUAUUUGCAAUUUCUCAGCAGCAACAAAACAGGGCAAAAAAGAACAAAAAGGUGGCUAAAGGCUACAAAUUUGUGGAUGCUGGCCCGGACAUAUUUGCACAAAUUGAAGUCAAUGAAAGAAAAAUUCGGCAAAAAGCACAAAGCUUGGCCCAAAAAGAAUUGCCUGUGGAUGAAGAAGAAGAAAUGAAAGAUCUUCUGGAUUUUGUAGAUGUUACCUAUGCGAAAGACAGAAACAGUAGGCCAAUCAAAGUUCAACCUGGUCUGUCCCAAAUGUUUUCUACUGCUCGAAGCAGUGCUCCUUUGGCGUCAGCAUCUUACACACGUCUUUUCCUCAUUCUGAAUAUUGUCAUUUUCUUCGUUAUGCUAGCAAUGCAACUCACCUGGUUCCAGAAAGCCAAGAGCUUACAUGGGCAAAGAUGCCUUUAUGCCAUCUUGUUAAUCGACAGUUGUAUAUUACUGUGGCUAUAUUCUUCUUGUUCCCAAUCACAAUGCUAGGGGGAGAAAAAGACUGUAAACGCCAUUUGACCAUUCUAUGGUUAGGUAUGUUUAUGCAAAGUUGCAGAAUAUAUUUUCUUUUCUGAAUAUAUUCCAGGAAAUAGCUAUGGAAUAAUUGUUCUCUUUUAAUCAGAGAAGAUGAAAUUAAUGGGCAUUGAGACAUUUGACACAUUUCUCAGAUCACCACCUACAUACGGGUCAAGUCUGUUCUAUAAAUGAAUGUCAUGUGCUUUUAUUAUGAAUUCAAUAUGUGCAUUUAAUUUUCUUCUUCAAAAGCAAUUUUCCUUGUCACUGAGUUGAUUUACUGUAUUAAUUUUCGAACAUAUGCAACUGGGAUGGUUUAAUCAAAAUCUUCUGGUUGUUAUCAUAUGGAUAAUCUUCAGAUAAUAGUUCUCAGUGGUAUAUAUUCCUUUUCACUGUUUUGCCUGUUUUAAAAUACUGAUGCUAUUACAAUUAGCAUUUUCUUUUAAGUGUGGAUACCAUUUCUUCCCAGUUAGCCCUCAGACUUUAUUUGUUUUGCUUCCACCCUAGUCAAUAACUCAGAGGAUCCUCUUUCAAAUGUGACCUGUCAUAGGAUAGAAAAACCGUCUGGGCUAAGAGAUGUAUCUAACUUUAAAUGAACCCUUGAAAGCUUCCAUAGAUAUUCUCUUUCCAUUCAGCCUCUUUUCCCAUUAAUCUAAGAAAACAAUUAUGGCUAAAGCAUAGCAUAUUAUCAUUGUUUGAGUCCAGGAUCCAAGUUGUAUGAGCAUACAUUAUAUAAAAUACAAUGUAUCCAUAAUCUAAUGUCACAGACAGAAAUGGUAUUUUUAUGAAACAUUCAAACAGAUUAGGUCUUCAUAAUUUGCUAUAACUCAUCAAAUAUUAAGUGAUCAAUGUAUAUCAGACAUGUUAAACACAAGGCCCGGGGACCAGAUGCGGCCCGCGAAGCCAUCCUGGAAACAGUGAGGGAACAGCCCCCACUGCCUUGGUAUUGACCCUGGCCAGCCAGGAGCCAAUGUUC